AGCGGAUAGUAAUCAGAUGAAAGUGUAUUAAAUUCACAAUUUUUAAAAAGAUAUAUAAAUCUAUUUAAACAUGGUCGUGUGCCGGUUCUUUCAGCAAGGUGCUUGUCGCUAUGGGACAAAAUGCCACAAUGAACACUUCGAUGUCAAGCAAUUUCUCAAAGCCGACAUGGAAUCCAGCUUGAAUGGCAAGAUGUGGCCUUUCUCUGCCUAUGGACCCUUUAAGGACAAGGCCAAUUUCCCCAACUUCAUCGAGGACCAGUCCUUCGAGGAGGUCCGAUACCUGUGCUACGAGGCAAAGCGUCAGAACCAAUUCGAUCAAUUCGCGCAGCAGUUCAACCGCGAGGUCCUGGACGCCACCAAUAAGAUGAAGACCAUGCUGCAGAUGUCACCCCAGGUUCUGGAAAUGAUGAUCAAGAUCCACGAUGCGCCGGAGGGCGAAAAUGUGUCGGCAGCUCCGCAGCAGCCCAGUAAUCCCUUUGCUGCAGCUGCUCCGGCGUCGAAUCCAUCUGCGUCCAUCUUUGCGAAGCCCACGUUGAGUGCCGGAAACAUCUUCGGUAAUGCCACAAGCCAAGUAAACAACGCAAACAGUAUGUUUGGUGGUGCCAUGGGGAAUGCGAAUCAAGGAAACAGCUUUUUAGGCGGAGGAGCUGUGGCAGCAGGUGCAACAAGUGUCUUUGGCCAACCCCAGCAGCAGCCACAACAGCCUGCAGCUCAAGCCUUCCAAGGGGGCAAUAUUUUCGGCCAGGCACAAGUCCAGGCGCAAGCUCAGCCAGUGAAUCCCAAUCCUUUCGGUGGCUUCCAACAGCAGCACCAAGCUCAGCCGGCAGGGAUCUUCGGCCAAGCGGCUAACCCCUUUGGCCAGGCGGCACAGCAGCAGCAGCCACCUCCUUCCGGAUUAUUUGCUCAGGCAGCAGCCUCCGGUUUCUCAAACCAACAGCAACAAAUGCAACAGCAACAUCAGCAGCAGCAACAACAACAGCAGCAGCAACAACAACAGCAGCAGCAGCAACAACAACAGCAACAGUUGCAAAUGCAACAGCAACAGCAGCAGCAGAUGAUGCAACAACAGCAAAUGGUGCAACAGCAGCAACACGCCCAGAUGACCAACGAAGUUCAAUCCUCUGUUUACAGUCGCCUUGAAGAUCUCAACGAACAAGAAAUCGAAGCCUUCAAGGCGGAUCAGUUCCUACAAGGUGCCUUGCCUUUCAAACCACCGCCACGGGAACUUUGCUGAUCCAAAACUAGCGUAUAAUGUAUAUAAGUCUACUUAGAUCCGAUAUUACUUAAUUAAACCUAAUAAACUAAUGCAUCA